GAUUUCAGGAAAUUAAUUUUUGCACUAUCGUUCUCAAGUGGUUGUUAUACAUAGGUUACGAAAAAAAAAAAAUUGAAUAAUUCGUGUGGUCGCUAAACUUGAUUUAUAUCGCUAAAUUUAACAAAUAUUUUGUUUAAAAAAAUAUUUCAAACUAGGGGAGUAAGCCCCCCCCCGUAAUCCAAAAUUCCUAAGCACUCCUCUGGCUGCCUAUUUAAUAUUUUUCCAUUGACAGUCAAAUGAUAGAUAAAAUCAUUAUAUCGUUGUCUAUUUUUACCCGGCUUCGUACCCAGUCGAAUAUUAUAAUUUAUAAUUAAUUGUUUUUCAUAAUAUUCCAUUAUUUAGUGGCCAGAACUUACAAAGCAGGUUAAGUUAGCUUAAGUUUAAAUAUAAAAAUAUAUAACUAAACAGUAAUAAUUAUAAUAACAGUAAUAUAAUAGGUACCUACUGGAAGAGUACGAACUGGACAUUUUGUCGUAUUUGACACUGAUAAAAAAAGAACAUAAUACCAUUUCACCUUGCUACAUUCUGGUCAGGGCCUUAAACUCGUUUCGUGUUUGUUCCUCUCAUCUGCCCGUCCGCAUAAACGUGUUUUGAAAAUAUCACUUGUUGACUUGUUAAUUGUUGUCAGCACUAUGCUGAAUGCCGAAAAAUUUCGUAAUAAUAUUACAUGAGUACUACACGCCCUACAGCUACAGGAAUGUUGAAUUCUAAUUCGUUUUUUUUCGUCCUACAAAAGUGGUUUUUAUUCCAAUAGAAUAAAUUAAAAUUUUUUUUUUUCAUAUAAUAUGUUUUUGCUGAGGUGAAACUGGUGAAAGCAAUUAGGUUCAUUCCAUCGUUCGGAACAGUGAAUCGUUCUUGGAUUCAGAGACAAAUUUAAAUUAAAAGAGUCAUAUUGAAAUCAUGCAAAACAUUAUCAACUCCGUUAAAGGAACUGCACUGGGAUUCGCAGGAUUAUUGACUCCAGUCCUAAAGGAAUCAAAAUUUAAAGAUACAGGAGUAGUUACACCAAAUGAAUUUGUAAUUGCUGGUGACCAUUUAGUACAUACAUGCCCAACUUGGGAGUGGGCUUGUGGUGAUGAAUGCAAGAUUAAAUCUUAUUUGCCAAAAGACAAACAAUAUCUAAUUACAAGAAAUGUUCCUUGUUUACGCCGAUAUCAACAAAUUGAGAACAGUGAAAUUAUUGAGAAUAUUGUUGAAUUGGAAGAAGGGAACGAAGGAUGGGUUGAGACUCAUCACUCUGAUUCUUCCCAUUUGCCUAUGAAUGAAAAAAUAUCAGAGAUACCACAUGAAGAACAUUUUGAUGGUCAAAAUAUAGGUAGUCAAGUUUCCAACAUUGUGACCCAUGAAAAUCAAAUUAUGAAUACUUGUAAUUUCUAUACUAAAAAUAGUAGUAUAGGUGAUGAUGAUGAUGAUGAUGAUGAUGAAGGUGAAGCAAUAGAUAUGGAUGCGUUUGUAGAAAGUGGUAUGCUGGAAGAUGAUUCGGCAACUGUUUAUUCCACACAAAAUGAAAGAAAACAAUUAAAAAACACAUCUAUUGAUGAAAUAUUAAAAACCAGAACUUAUGAUUUACAUAUAACAUAUGAUAAAUUUUAUCAAACUCCAAGAUUGUGGAUUUAUGGUUAUAAUGAAAAUAAAAAUCCAUUGAGUAUGGAAGAAAUGUUUGAGGAUGUAAGCCAUGAUUAUGCCAAGAAAACUGUUACCAUGGACUCCCAUCCUCAUAUCCCGGGUCCAUCGAUGGCAUCAAUACAUCCCUGCAAGCACGCAGAAGUUAUGAAAAAAAUGAUCAAAAUUAUGAAAAAACGAAGCAAACAUUUAAAAGUACAUAUGUACUUAAUUAUAUUUUUGAAAUUUGUCCAAUCAGUGAUACCAACCAUAGAUUAUGAUUAUACACAGAAUAUUAAUUUAUAGUAACGAUUAAGUUUAAAACAUUUAUAUGAAAAUAUCAGAACGAUUUAAUUUUAACCCAAAUUCGUGAUGUAAAAAUAUUAAAUUAUUUCAGUACAUAAACUUUUAAAUGUUACAAGAAGUCAAUAUUUUUAAUUUA